AUGGGGCUCUGUCUCAAGGCAGCGCAGGUCUGCCUGCUGGUGCUCUUCUGCAGCCGGGCAGCCCUUUCUGACGAAACCUCCGAGUGCAGUCAGCCCAUGGUGAAAAUUGAUAAACAUACAAUAAUGGUCGGUAAGUGACAUAAACUUAAACAUUAACUUGUUGGAUGUACAAAUAUGUCUCCUGGGAAGCAGUCGAUCUGCCAUGACUCCCAAACCAGUCCCUUUCGCUACCCUGAGAAAGAAGCGGAUGAGGAAGGGAACAGGCUGUUCCACUUUGGGUGGGGAAGAAAGACCCUUAUCCCCUUUCCCAGGCUUCUCCUGAACUGAGGAUGUAGCUUGCUCAGACUCAGAGAACCAGUUCUUCCCUUACACACCAUAAACACAACAUAAACCUAGCUCCCUAGGGAGGCAGGGCCAACCACUGGAUAGACGGACUCAGCUCUUUGCUGAGACAACAUCUUCUGAAGCUCAGCCAUUGGGAGCUGCUCAGGGAGAUCUGCCUUCACCUUUGCCUGGACUUGACUCAGCCUUCUUGCCUGGUUAGACUAGACCGGCUUGACCAGGUUUUGGCUUCCACUUCCCCUGCAAGCCCCACGCUUCAAGAGAAAAGGAAAUAUACCUCCCCAAAAUCACCUCCAAUGCAACUCAGUUAAAACGAUUUAAAUGGGAAUAAAACAUAUCUUUCUGUUUUUGUGGUCCUUUAGAGACACAUCAGAUUUUCAUACCAGACAGGCACAUUGUUGCUGUUGUUUAGUCAUGUCCGCCUCUUCGUGACCCCCUGGACCAGAGCAUGCCAGGCCCUCGUUUACCUUCCCUCCGGAGCGGUACCUAUUUAUCUACUUGCACUUUGACGUGCUUUCGAACUGCUAGGUGCGCAGGAGCAGGGACCCACCACGGGGAGCUCACCCCGUCGCGGGGAUUCGAACCACUGACCUUCUGAUCAGCAAGUCCUAGGCUCUGUGGUUUAACCCACAGUGCCACCCAUGUCCCUAAAGUCAUCAUGUAUCCAAACCCUAUGAUGAAGCUUUACAAAGCCUGGUUUAAAAUCUUGGUUAAACAAGAACCCUGACUAGACUUAACUCUUUAAAGGGGGGAAAUUUAGAGAGGGGAUGUCCUGCUAAUAAGACGCUAAAUGGAGGCUGGAUGGUGAUCUGUCAAGAAUUCUUUAGUUGUGAUUCCUGCAUUGCAGGGGGUUAGGCUAGACUCUUGGUGUCCCUUCCAACUGCACAGUUCUACAAUUCUAAUAGUAAUGGAGGAAUGGCCUUACCUGUGGGCUGCUUCAUAGUGAGCUAUGGCAACCUGGCUCUGCUGGUCUAAUUCACGGGCUGGCAUAUCUCUUUCAGCUUCCAAGAAAUCCAUGACUGACAGCAACAUUAUGGAGGAACUGGCAGAAGCUGCGGCCAAAAACCAGGGUGGCGCGAAAGCUAUCAAAGGCAUCAAAGGGUGAGGCAUUUUGGGGAGGGAGGGCGCUAUGUCAGCCUGUACCAACAGGAAGUGGACCUGGCAUGCCAGUGCGCCAGUAGAAAUGUGUCAAGAAGACCUCCUCUGGCGAUCCCUUGCAGCUGCGUAAGAUUGUCUUCCAUGAAUAUGGUCUUAAUGGUGUGUCCGUAGGUGACUGUGGAGGCCAGUUCUGAAUCCACACGUCCUUCCACAGUGGGGACAUUGGUUUCCAGGUGGGAGUUGAUCACGGUGUGGAUUUGCCAAGCGUGCCUUCCUCUUAGCAUGUUUCUCCCUUGUGUCCUGAGUUCGAGUGUCUUCAGAGCCCAGGACACCCUUGGUAAAGCGCUCGCAGGCCAGUGUUACCACAUUAUCAGUGUUUAUACCACAUUUUUAAAGAUUUGCCCUGAGUGAGUCUUUAAACCUUCCAUUUUAAAGUUCGGAAUAGAGUGUUUGCUUUGGAAGAUGAUCAUCAAGUAUCUGCACGGCAUGACCAAUCCAACAAAGUUGAUGUUGAAGAAUCAUUGCUUCAACACUGGUGAUCUUUGCUUCUUCCAGUACACUGGCAUUAGUUCACCUGUCUUCCCAAGUGAUAGAAAAAAAUAUGAAAAAUAUGAAAAAAUAUGUAAAAGUGCAGCUUUCUCCCUAUUGAAGUGGAGUGUGUUUGAAGACAGGGACAUUCGCAGGGAAACCAAAAUACAAAACAAAAUACAAAGCUAUUGUACUACGAACCUUACUGUAUGCUUGUGAAACAUGGGCCACUUACAAAUGCCAUCUCCAACUCCUCAAAAGAUUCCAUCAAUGGUGUCUCCGAAAAAUUAUACAUAUCACUUGGGAAGACAGGCGAACUAAUGCCAGCGUACUGGAAGAAGUUGAGAAGAUCAACACAUAUUUUAACUUGGCCCACGGAAUGCUGUCCCUGUAUGCAAAAACUAUAAGUGACAGCCUCUUGCAAUGACCUGUUUUAAUGUUUUAAUGCUGUAUUUUAAUCUUGUUUUUAAGUUGUAUUUCAAUCAAUUUGUUUUUAUAUCGGGUGUUAGCCGCCCUGAGCCCAGUCUUGGCUGGGGAGGGCGGGAUAUAAAUAAAAUUUAUUAUUAUUAUUAUUAUUUGGAAAGCACUGUCCUGUCACACAAACAUUUGGGUCGGUAUGGGGAAGGAAUUUUAUUUAAAAAUGUAUUGACUGGGGUAACAGUGUCUAUAAAAAUGCAUACUUUAUUGGGGAUGGGUAAAUACAACAAUGCACUAUAUUAGGGAAAAACUGCUUUGCCAAAAAUAUGUAAAUUUGGCAGAAGCGCAUAGAAGCCUGUGCAGAUUAGGAAAAAUUUUCCCCACGGUGCUGAUGAUUUUAUUUGCGAGGACUUUUUAAAGAAUAAAUAAGUGAUGUGGAAAAUAAAGACUAGAAAUAAAGAGAAGCUGAUAUAUUUCUCCUAAUUUAUUCCCCAAUGAGUUGCAUUAUUUUAUUUUAUUUGUUAAAUUUCUAUAACGCUGUCCACCUGAGGAUCCCAGGGUGGUUUACACUAUAAAAAACAAAAAAUGCAUAAUAUGGUAACCUCCCCCCCACCCCCCACCCAGUUUUUGUUUUGGGGUCCCAGUGCUUUCCCCCAGAAAACCCUCAUUUUACUAUUGAAUCAGAGCUUUACGUGGAUGGCUGCUUAGACUCCAUGCCUGUUCUUUCCAUGGUCUCUCUGCUUCAAUACAUUGUGUCUUUUGUCCCAUAGGCUGAAAGUUAAAGAUAUCCAGCCCCCCGUGAUUGAAAUACGCUUGCAAGAACCUGGGAACAUCGAAAUGUCAGUGGGAUCCCAGAUAACAAUUGCUGGGAAAAGGUGAGCAAGAACUUGCUUCCAAAUACAGGGCAAGAUCUCAGAGGGUGGUUCGGAGAAAGACACAGCGGCAGUCCAGUCCUUUAGGUGAUCCCAAGGGUGCACUAGGUCAGGGAUGGCCAACAUGGUGCCCCCCAGAGCUUGAUGGGCUCACUUCUCAUCAGCCAGUAGAUUCUGAAUUUAGACAACGGUUUGGUCACUGUGAAGUGUGAGGGAGGGCCAAGUAUGUCAGAAACUGCUGUCCCUAAGAACCAGAUUUCAUUUUGUGCAGCUUCAUAGGUGGCACCAUGGAGAUCACGGUGAAAUCAAACAUGACAACAGUCAGCUGCAUGGAAUACGAUGCCAAUAAAGAACUCAGGUUGAAAGCAAAGAGUUGUCUGGUGGAGCUGAUAAGCUGCAAAACCAACCUUCCCAGCAGGUGAGUCCCAGCAAGAUUCCAAGGAAGAGCUUUGAAUUCUGCUCUGGCCAGCAGUUCAGUUCUCUGCAGUCCAUAUUCUCUGAGUAUGCAGAAUAGGGGUGAUUUCGUCCUGUGUUUUUUGAUGGCAGCAUCCAGUCGAAAGGUUUCUCAUCGCUAUUGGUCUGCAAGGCAUUCCCUGAGCAGGCAAAGCUGCUCUGUGUUGCCAGUUGCCCCGUCUUAGGACCCAGACUCCCCCUGCCAACUGCUAUCAGAAGGGGCAGAGAAGGAAAUUGUGUUCGUCAUUGUGGCGGUCACACAGGGUCCCCAGACAUUUGAGCUUCCUGCAGCCAAUGGGAAGCCAGCCAGCGUCGCCAAAGGCAGUCCCCGCUCUGCUCCACGCUGGUUUAGUGCGGUGCAUGGAAGCCCAUGGGCCUUAGGUUGUCAACUCCUGCCAUAGAUGGUUUCAUUAGCCAAUGGCCUGCGAGAAAAGGGAUGUUUUCGCCUGGUGUUUAAAGACAUGCGAUGAAGGCACCAUGUGAACCUCCUUAGCAUGCUUUCAACCAGAGGGUAGAAAACAAGUCAUGAUUCACAGGAGGUACCGUAUUUUUCGCUCUAUAGGACGCACUUUUCCCCCUCCAAAAAUUAGGGGGAAAUGUGUGUGCGUCCUAUAGAGGGAAUGCAGGCUGCGCGGCUAAGCCCAAAGCCAGAACCCCGCUGCUCUGCGGAGGCUUCAAAGGCUGCACUCUGGCUGCUCCAGGCAGCUAUCUGCAAGCCUUCUCAGCGCAGCGGGAGUUCCCACUGCACUUGGAAGGCUUGCGGAUAGCUGCCUGUUCUGGGGGUUGGGGUCGGGGGAAGCUCGGGCUUCCCCCGCCCCAGCCCCGUGGCUGAAAACGAAGCCAAGACAGCGAGCGGGAUCCACCCCGCUCACUGUCUUGGCUUCUGCCAAAGCUGUGCGCAGCCUCUCCCGGCUGGAGAGGUUGCGCGCAGCUAAAGAGGAAGCCAAGACAGCCAGCGGGAUGGAUCCCACUUGCUGUCUUGGCUUCUUUGCUUUUUGGGGCUGGGGGGGGGGAAUAAGAUUUCCCCCCUUGAUUUCCCCCCUAAAAACUAGGUGUGCCCUAUGGUCCGGUGCGCCUUAUGGAGCGAAAAAUACGGUAUUUGUAUUUGCUCCCAGCAGGGAUAAAAGUAGCUUCCCUGGAGACUGGGGUUGGGGUGUUGGCACAGGACAAGUGGAAGUGUGGACAAGCUGUUAGAUACCCUCUGGAGGAAAAAGACGCCAAAAAAACUUCGAUUCAUUGGUGAACAGAAGUUCCCUGGGCACUGCUGGUCUCAAAACCUAUGAGGAUGGCUGUGUAUCAAUGGCAACUCUUAUUAAAAGCAGCCGCAUUCAUAGGUUUUGAUGCCAGGAAAGAAGCGAUGGCUCUUGUUCUCAGCUCAGAUCUCCCAACACCUCGUGUUCACGAAGUCCCUUUACCUCCCCACAGCAUGCUUCCGAAGAUUGUGAACAAAUUUCUUAAUUCUACCCUCACUAAAGUCCUCCCAGGCAUGGUGAGUCUGAUGGACCUGAAAAAGAACUUACGGGGGGCGGGGGGGGGGUUGUCUGUUGAGGAUGUGCAGAAAUAUGCUUGGUGCACAGCUCACAUGAAAACAUGUUAAUAGCAGCUGAGUCCGCUUCACUGCCCUUCGGGUUUCUCUCUCUUCUAGAUGUGCCCGGCAACAGACAAAGUGCUCUUACACAUAGAGGAGAAGAUGAAGAAAGCAUUUGGUAAGCUCAGCUGGCACCUUCUACGCCAGCCUUGGUCAACCUGUGCCCUCUGGGAGCGUUGGUCUUCAGCUCCCAGCCAGUGUAGUCCAAAAUGCCUGGAGGAAACCAGGUUGACCAAGGCUGUUUGUUCUAUACUGCUCCUUUUAUCUCUUAAAAACUGGUGGCUCGGUUCAGGUCAGUGCCCCGCGAACUAGGACCAAGAUGACCCACAGUGAUCACAAGCUUUAUGAAUGAAGGACCCUGUUCAUUCCGCUAUAUAUAACCCAGGUGGUUAUCUGAAUAUGGAUUUAAACAAACAGCGCCUCCAGUGGUCCUCAACCUGUCCACAGUUCUUUCCACUUUGACUUACUUGCCAAGGAAAUCCUGCACAUUGCAAUGGGAAUCUUGCAAGUGGGCAUUCGGCAGAGAAUGUGCACGUUCAUUUUUCUCAGACUAAAGUCAGACGGAGCCGUAGCUUUGGAAAAGAGCUCAGGCACCAAAGCUACGGCCUCUGGCAUCCUUCUUUCUUAGCAACCUGUUCUGGCUUAUCAUAGAAUCUAUGACAGAGUUGGAAGGGACCCCAAGAGUCAUCCAGUCAACCCCCUCCCCUGUAAUAAUAAUAAUAAUAAUAAUAAUAAUAAUAAUAAUAAUAAUUUAUUAUUUGUACCCUGCCCAUUUGGCUGGGUUUGCCCAGCCACUCUGGGCAGCUUCCAACAAAGAUUAAAAAUACAGCAAAAUGAAGGAAUCUCAACUAAAGCAUCAAUGGCAUCCAUGGUCUUCCAACCUCUGCUUAAAAACCUCCACAACCUCCCAAGGGAGACGACACUUACCUUUCCUCUUUUCUUUCCAGGCACAGCCUGCGGUUUAAAGCUCGGUGUCCACGUAGCCUUGUUUUUGCUCUGGGCUUUCCCCAUGAAAACCUGCUCUUUAAAACUCAAUCGGAGCAAACAGCAAUCUGAGGGAAACCCAAAGACGUUUGCUCCCAUUGAGCGCUAAAGAGCAGAUUUUUGCAGGGAAAGCUCAGGGUAAUAAUAAUGAUGAUGAUGAUGAUGUUUGGACUUGGAGCUUUCAAGCAUGGACCUGUGCCUGGAAAGGGCAGGGCAAAAGGUGAGUGCAGAUAAGCCCCGAGUCAGAUUUAUUCAUGGAGGAAGAUAUUAUUCUGCCAGGGCAGUAGCUUAAGGACUUAGGAAUUGCUUUGCAAGAGUGGACAGGCUUCCGGGAAGCCUCAGGCAAGGUGCGAAGGCAAUAGUUACAUCACCCAUGGUUAUUUGCCCUGUCAGAUGCUGCAAAUCAUUUUCCAUGUCAUUUUCCCAGAGGAAUGCCCUAUUGGUGAGCGGGGAACAAUGCAAUAUACAAUGGACGGGCUGCCAGAAGUAUAUGAUGGCUCCUUGAACAUGAAGUUCAAGGUAAGUGUGGAUAGCUCUGCUGUGUGCCAGUUAUAUCUUCUUGCACUUAGUAUCACUUUUCAUGAUCUUUCAGAGCCUCCCUCCUUUCUAUGAAUUGAAAUUGCCCAGUGAAGGCUCUUAAAGGAGCGAACCAAGAGGUGUUCAUAUUCUGCAGCCUGUACCCCUUGACUUUGACAAAAGCAGGGGAUCUGCUCAGCUGUGAAGCAGAGGCAGAAGGUUAUAGGAACAUGCGAAAAUCCCUGCUGGAUCAUACCAAAGGCCCGUCCAGUCUAACAUCUUGUCAGCCAGUUUUAUUUGGAAUCAUGGAGUCAUAGAAUUGUAGAGUUCAGUAUAUCUGAAAGAGCGUCUCCACCCCCAUCGUUCUGCCUGGACACUGAGGUCCAGCACCGAGGGCCUUCUGGUGGUUCCCUCACUGCGAGAAGUGAGGUUACAGGGAACCAGGCAGAGGGCCUUCUUGGUGGUGGCACCUGCCCUGUGGAACGCCCUCCCACCAGAUGUCAAAGAGAACAACAACUACCAGACUUUUAGAAGACAUCUGAAGGCAGCCCUGUUUAGGGAAGCUUUUAAUGUUUGAUGCAUUACGGUAUUUUAAUAUUUUGUUGGAAGCCGCCCAGAGUGGCUGGGGAAGCCUAGCCAGAUAGGCGGGGUAUAAAUAAUAAAUUAUUAUUAUUAUUAUUAUUAUUAUUAUUAUUAAGUUGGAAGGAACCCUGAGGGUCAUUCAGUCCAACCCCCUGCAAUGCAGGAAUUACAGCUAAAGAAUCCAUGACAGAUGGCCAUCCAACCGCUGCUGAAAAACCUCCAAGGAAGGAGAGUCCAUCACCUUCUGAGGAAGAUUAUUCCACUGUCAGAAAGUUCUUCCUGACUUCAGUCAGAAUCUCCUUCCUUGUAACUUGAAGCCAUUGGUUUGAAUCCUACCCAAAGAGCAGGAGAAAACAAGCUUGCUCCAUCUUCCAUGGGACAACCCUAUAGAUAUUUGAAGAUGGCUCUCAUAUCAUCUCUCAGUCUCCUCUUUUCCAGGCUAAACAUUCCCAACUCCCUCCACCAUUCCUUAUGAUGAGAGCCAGCCUGGUGUAGUGGUUAAGAGCGGUGGACUCGUAAUCUGGUGAACCAGGUUCGCUUCCUUGCUCCUCCCCAUGCAGCUGCUGGGUGACCUUGGGCUAGUCACACUUCUCGGAAGUCUCUCAGCCCCACUCACCUCACAGAGUGUUUGUUGUGGGGGAGGAAGGGAAAGGAGAAUGUUAGCUGCUUUGAGACUCCUUAAAGGGAGUGAAAGGCGGGAUAUCAAAUCCAAACUCCUCCUCCUCCUCCUCCUCCUCCUCCUCUUCUUCUUCUUCUUCUUCUUCUUCUUCUUCUUCUUCUUCUUCAUACCCUUAUGAUCUUGGUUGCUCUUCUCUGCCCCCCUUCUAGUUUAUCAAUAGCCUUCUUAAAUGGUGGCGUUCAGGUCUGACCAAGGCAGAAUAGGGUGGGACUACGACUUCCCUUAAUGAAGAAACAAACACAUUUCUAUACCACCUUUUAGCCCUAGAAAGUGCCCCCAGGGUAGUUUAUCAUGAUAAAGCAUAAAUGCAAUUAAAAAAGAGCACCCAAAACCAAAACAAAACAGAACCAUAACUCAGUGGUGGACUUUGGGCUUUAAAAUUUCAGUGGCGACCAAAAUUUCUUACCCAGCCUUCACGGUAAGAUUCUAGCACAGGCUAUAACAAUUAAAAAUCACAAUAUUGAAAGCAAUUUACAGUCAUAAGAAGUGCUUUGUUUCUGGGGAUGCACAGGGGUACACAUACCACUAAACAUUUUGUGAAUCUUUGUACUUUUGUCCAUUUUUCCUGAUUUGAACUAUAAAAUGGUGGUUGUCUUGAGUCAAAAUGAGAGUACCCCUAAACAUGUUUUUUAGGGGAAAAAAGCACUGGUCAUAAGAAUAGUUUGAUUCCUGAAAAUAUGUAUCUGAAGUGUCAAAGGCCAGGGCAAAGAGGUUCAUGUUCAGCAUACAAUGGAAACUAGAUAAUGAAGGAACCUCUGUGGGGAGGGAAUGCCACAACUCAGGGGCUGCCACAAAGAAGGCCCUGUCAAGGAGGAUGUAAUUCACCCACAUACUUGUAAAUGACCAAAAGAACAAAGAAAAAAGAAGGUGGCCAAGGUCCUACAUCCCAUCGAAUGUAAAUGUGGGUUAUGUUUUUGGGUAGUUUUCAAAUGAUGCAACCAUUAUUCUUACCUUCUCUUUUAGCCGGUAGUCCGUGACACAGAUGGAAAUGAAAUUCCAAAUGUCUGUGAAGCACCAGGUUCUGAAGGGUAUUCCGCAAGACCUGAUGGCAUUACUCAAGUCAUCAUACCAACGGGUAUCCUGAACACUGUGCUGGAACUAUUCAAGAAAAACAUGGACUGCGACGCUACUAGUGACUCUGUGAGUGAGCAGAUAUUUGAUUUCUUGAAUCUGUUGGCAUGUCCACUUCUGUGCCUGUGACAGAAUUUCCUCUAAAGGUGAUGCACCAUUAAUUCUGACUGGAGAAAGUCAGCGGUGGCUGCUGUCAGAGCAAAGGUCCUCCUGUCCUCCUGACAGUGGCGUUUUUGCCGCUCACCUGGAUGGGGCAAAGAAGACCAGUGGUGAGGUCAAGGCUAUAUGGAUGAACCAGUGGAAUUGGCUCUGUUGGUUCCGACUUUGCCGCUGCCCUGCCUAGGGAUGGGAGUCAAUUUCAGUUUCUUGUAGGUUCUCAUAUUUCUGGUCUUCAGUCUUCAGACACAGCCAGAGAUCAGGGAUAUCAAAGGUAGGAAGUGGAUGGAGUUUUGCUGAGUGGCACUUUGAGGCAAGCAAGAGUGGAUAAUUUGAAAGCGUUCACAACUAGAACUGCUGGUUUUAGGUUCUUUUUUGUUACUGGAGCCAUCUGGCUGCUUGCAAGCUUUCCGGAAUUUGCCAUCUGAUGAUGAGCUUGUACCUUUGAAAAAGAAACAUUUCCACUUGCACUUGCUAAUAAUGAUUUCCAUUGACCGAGCCUAGGCUCCACCACUACUGAAAGCAGAAUUCCCUGCUUUUGUGGCAUCUCUUCACGUUGCUCCCCUUGGCUCUGCCUUUGAAAGAAGCUGUUCCUACUUUUGGAUGGAGCCACUGCUGUGUUUAAAGCUGUCCAUUCAUGUGGUUUUUCCUCACUCUUUUGGCAGAUUUCUGAUCUAACAGUGGGCAAGAUGAAAGAAAUGAUACCAGGGGUGAGUUCUCACUGUUUAUCACAACACUGCUGUCAGGGACCUGCCAUCAGGUCAGAGGCGAGAGGGGGAAGGGCAGUUGUGUUAUGGGGAACCUCUGAGGGUCUUGCGAAGCAGCUCCUCCUUUGGCGAGGAGGAAAGCCCCACCUCCAGUGGAGAGGAGGUGGUGGGACCAGGGGAUGCUAGGGAGAGCCUCAGUGCUGAGGCUGAGCAAGCCGGAGAGGAGAGAAGGACCCCUUUGCCAGCGCCCAGUCUGCGCAGUAAGUUUCGACGCAAGGAGAGGAGGAGAAAGAUGGAGGUCACGCGACUGUUAUGCUGGGGGAGGUACAAGGACCGCCCACUCCCAGAUUCUGCUAGUGACUGAGCCAGACAUGAACUUGCGACGCUUUCACUGUAGAUUGGUAAAGGUAAAGGGACCCCUGACCAUUAGGUCCAGUCGUGACCGACUCUGGGGUUGCGGUGCUCAUCUCGCUUUACUGGCCGAGGGAGCAGGCGUACAGCUUCCGGGUCAUGUGGCCAGCAUGACUAAGCCGCUUCUGGUGAACCAGAGCAGCGCACGGAAACACCGUUUACCUUCCCGCCAGAGCGGUACCUAUUUAUCUACUUGCACUUUGAUGUGCUUUCGAACUGCUAGGUUGGCAGGAGCAGGGACCGAGCAACAGGAGCUCACCCUGUUGCGGGGAUUUGAACCGCCAACCUUCUGAUCGGCAAGUCCUGGGCUCUGUGGUUUAACCCACAGCGCCAUCCGCACCCCUUCACUGUAAAUAGGUUGCACUAAGAAUAAAGCUUGGAAAAGACAGGUCAGAGUCUUGCCUGUUUGCUCUCGAGCAACCACACCACCACCUGACAACUGCCAUUGAGAGAUCUGGGGGAAGAAAGGCUGUGUCUGGUCGUUCUUCAGGAAGGUUGAAUUCUGAGGGGGCAGAAACCCCUGUGAAACCACCCUUUGAUUUGCAGCCACAACAAGGGUGCCAACCUGACUAAAAUAUUAGGGGGGCAGGUAAGCCCCACCCACACAACCAAUCACAUGAUGUAGUGUUCACACACCAUUUGAGUGGCCAUGCCCAACAACUUUGGGGUGACUCAGCCCCCUCAAAUUUUUUUCCCCUUUUCUUUUUUAUUGGUUUUCACAUAUUACAUUACAAUACAGAUGUACCAAAGCCAACACCAUUUCCUCCCCAUCCCCCCAUACAUUUCUAUUUCCUCAAUCCAUCAUAUUAUCCUUUUCUCCCUCCUCCCACUUCCCUCCGCCCCCACUCGAUUUCCUCCACAUUAUACAAUUCACAAUAAUCUUUGCAUUCUACAAUCUUCUCAAAUCAUCUAUAUAUUCUUAUUAUCUGUCCUUACUAAUUUUUCCUCCAUCCAGUACUUCACAUUUUAAUCUAGGCAUAUUAGCGUAUCGUUUUCUGAGCAAUAUUUUGCCAUAUAUUCAUCAAAACAUUUCCACUCCUUUUUAAAUUUUUGAUUUGACUGAUUUGAUUCGACAGACUUCCAGCGAGGCACUCUCACAAAUGGGGUGGGGAAAGUGCUCUGACACUGACACCCACCCACCCCUCAAAUAUUUUUGCGGGGCUGAAUACCCCAUGGCCCCUAGGCGCUGGCUCCUAUGACCCACAGUGUGAUUGGGUGAAAAAUUUAUUCCCUUGACAUUCUGCUGCAAAUUCAUUGUGAAAGCCUCACAUCUUCUCAACCAAUUAACAAAUGAUCCGAAGAACUCAGUAUAAGAAGAGCAUCUUCUGGAUCAGGCCAAUGGCCCAUUUGGUCCAGCAUCCUGUUUCACAGGGGCCAGCCAGAUGCCCAUUAUGGAAAACCUGAAAACGCUUCCACUUGCCCCACCACUUCCCUCCCGGAAUCGGAACACAACGUCAAUCGGCUUUUCUGCAGAAACCGGGGUCAGGGACAGCAGCCAAGCAAACUAUCACAGAGCCUUAGAGAAGCAUCUUCAGACAAUGCAAGCUUAAUGAUAGGUUUUCAAAAACAAGCGUGGCACAUGUUCUCAGAAUGAACUCAAUAUCCCCCCCCCCCCCAAACAGAAAGUUCCAGAACACUGGUCCUUCUUGGCUCAAGAAGAAGGACCAGCAUCUUAAAUAUAAAUGUAAUGGGGCAGUUGAAAGUUGUUCAGGGCUGACAGCGUGACACCCUGUAUUUUCUGUGAAGUGCUUUUCUUUGGUCUUUGAUAACAUUUCAUAUCCCCACUACAGCGGUACAUCGGGAUGUGAACGGGAUCCGUUCCGGAGCCCCGUUCGCAUCCUGAAGCGAACGCAACCAGCGUCUCCGCGUCUACGCAUGUGCGGGUCGCGUUUCGCUGCUUCCGCGCAUGCAUGUGACGUCAUUUAGACCGCCUGCGCAUGCACGAGCGGCGAAACCAGGAAGUAACGCGCUCCAUUGCUUCCGGGUCGCCGCGGAGCGCAACCCGGAAAUACUUAACUUGAAGCACAUUUAUCCCGAGGUAUGACUGUAUUAAAAAAAAAGGCCUUUGGGAAAUAUUGAAAGGGUGGCAAUACCUGAGUCGACAGAGGAGGAGGAGGACUAAACUUAGAAUAAGAAUACCUGCAAGAGCUUUUGGUUCACUGCUUCCUUACACUGCUGCUUUUAAUUGCAUUCUGACUUCCUGCAGCUUGCAGAUAUGGACCCCUCAAAGAAAGUGAAGUUGGAAAUCAGAUCUGUAGAAACGCCCAAGGUUCUCAUCGAAGACGGCAAAAGUGUCAUGGCAGUCCAUUCAACAAUAGACGUCAAAACAGACCCAGACAACGAACCCGUCUGCACCAUAGACAUGGUAGGCAGAAUUUAUGUCUCACUCCCAGGGGCCAGCAGCUCCUGACAUGUUAUACUUGCGCUGUCUCCCCUGCUGGGCUUUCCCCCCACAAGGCCUCCCUGCCCCCUCCCCAAAACAUAUUCAGGAUUUGAAUGAACUGAGCAGGUAUUUCCACCCCAGGUUUUCCAGAUGCCUGGUGCCAUGUUUUAGAAACUGGCUGAUAAAGUUAAAAACAAGUCCGUAGGAUUUCUGGCCUCAUUGCUAAUUUGCACAUCAACAGUUGAACACUUCUACCUCGCUCGCGCGCACACACACAGCCCUUUUAAAUUCAAAUUUACAAAUUAAAAGUUUCACAUUUCUCUAAGUACAUUUGCAAAGGGUGGAGCCUUUGUCAUUUUCUCCCUCUGCUGCAGACUUGCGUCACUUUGGAGGGCAAUGUGCUCACUUCCUUCUGUUGUUCCAUUGCAGGAGCACAAAUGGGAUGCUGGCUAUGAGCAGGUCGAGGACACCAUGAAAGUCUUCUUGCAACCGGAAACGGGCAGGUACUGAGCUGAGUAUUCUUCCCGUCCUUCAACAAAUCCUCAGUUGAAGAAGAUGGUCUGGGGGCCUUUUCCAAGUCUAUGGCUGUUUUUAUACAUGAGGUUUAAAACUUUGGUUUUUUCUAGGGAUGUAAGAAGCACCCCGUGGCCCAUUCAAACCCCUUAAACAUUCUCGUUUCUUUUAUUCCAUUUCUUUUAUCACAUUUCUUGGUAUGUGAAAUUUCAGUGGCAGGUCUGGACAUGUGCACUUAAAACCUUGAUUAGUCAAUCUGCUCAUUAGCAUCAUAAAUGCUGCUUCCUUUCAGUAGCAGAGAGGGCACAGUUCAUGGCAUUUCCCUCUCACACCCAUGAAGACCAACCCCACCCCCCAUUUUGGUGGCAUAUAUGAGGCUGGACAUUUUCCCACAAGGUGUGCCUUCCUGAUCCAUAUUUAGGCUCAGAAUGAGCUGAGCAGGUAUUUCCACCUGUUUCAGUUUUGCUGGCAUCCAAUCAGCGAUCUGUUCCAUUGCAUCCUGUCGUUUGCAUUUUCUGUAUACAGUACAAGAUACAUACUAUUUACCCCAGGCAUGGCCAAACUUGGCCCUCCAGCUGUUUUGGGACUACAACUCCCAUCAUCCCUGUUAGCUAGGGAUGAUGGGAAUUGUAGUCCCAAAACAUCUGGAGGGCCGAGUUUGGCCAUGCCUGCUUUACACUAAAUAGACACUUUUCAAUUCUGUUUGAUGCGUUCACUAGGAUGACACAAUUUAUGGGUGAAUCUUUUAUGAAGUACAUGUAUUUUCACAUGUACUUCUUGUACAUCAAAAACCCAAAGCAAAAUGUGUGCUGUCCGACUGGGGGUUCUAGUCUAAUCCAAAAGCUAGUUUGGGAAUGUUGGAUCAGGUUGGUCCUCUCCAAAAAUGGAUGGAAAUGAAUUCCUUCCUCUCUCAAGCUCCCCGCACCUUCCUCUGCAUUGUGUGAAGGGGAAAGGGCCUUUCUUUUGUCCGUCUUGAAUCCACAGCCCUUUUGUGGAAGAAGUACGGGGUGUUGAGGAAGGAUUUGAAGGGAGGUGAGAGGAGGAAAGCUGUAGUGGAAACCUUCAAUACGACAAAUAAUGAAAUAUCACUAAGCACAAGAAAACAGCCAAGGAGGAAGCGAUGGAGACACUGGCACGUCCUCUCAUGCUGCCUUUCUUUCGUUUUGCAGGACAACAGCAAUAUCUGUGACUUCUCCCUCAGUUGGCGACAUUAAUGUAAGUGUGAGUUUUUUUUUUAAAUAAGAUAUUUAUUGAGAUUUUCAAAAUGUUACAAAAUAAAAAUAAAAAAGAAGAAAAUACAAAAUAAAAAUGGUUAACAAAGUAGAAAAGGGGAAAAACAAACCACUUCCAACAAUACGAAUACAAAUUCAAAAUAAGAGAAAAAAACAAAAAUACACCACAAACAUUUAAAAACAUUUAAAAACAAAUUCAUUAUUCUCAAAUCCUCAACUGUCAUUACCUUCUUUCUUUGACCUCCUCCUCCUCCCUUUCUUUGUAUCCUAGUUAUUAAUUAUCCCAGCAAAUCCUUUCCAUAUUUCAUAAUAUUCUGUCAUUACAUUACCUUAAACUGUUUUAAUUUUAUCUUUCUAUAAAAAAAACCUUGAAACUUAAAGCUUAAAUCUUAUCCUUACCAACUUCUCAUAACCAUAAUAUUCUUUCAUAAUUCUUUAAACAUCUUUACUAAAGCCGAGUAAUUUCAUUCCAACAUUUUUCUAACAUUCAUCAAUUUUAUAAAACAGUCCUAAUAGUAAAAAAGAAAGAAAUACAAACAGAUCCAAUCUUCAUCCAGCGUCCCUUCCUCCUGGUCCCGGGUUUUGUCAGUCCUUAUUAUCCCAUUGAUCUAGCGCAUUAACCUGGCAACCUUAUAUCCGAGGCCCUCAAGUCUCUUCCAUGUCCCUUCCGCAGCUCUUCUUCAUAUUUGUAACUGUAUUUUCCCUUGUCUCCUGCUCGUGGUAACUCCAGCUUGGCAAUAUUUUUGACCCUUCUCGACAGAUCAGCCCCUUUUCCAUAUUCAACACUAAAUUCCAUGUGGUAUUUAAAAACAUGUUUCAAAAACCCUCCAAAAUUAAGAGCCCCCACAAUCCCAAACAUCUCACGGCCCAUUGCCAGAUUUGAAAAGUCCAAACAUCCCAGCAUAGGGGGGUCAAUCCAGCCCCCCAUUUCCAAGCCAAACCAAACUUUUUCUUUCCAAAUCUGGCUUUUUCCAAGUUCAUUUGUCAAGUCCGAAAGCUCAUAUUCCUGUUGGGCCUGUUCUGUCAGGACACGCUCCUGAUUUAAUUCCUGGGUGGGCUCCACAUAUUUUCCCACUGUCUGUUCAAAAUUUCCCACUGCCUGUUCAAAAUUUCUAGUCGAAGUUGCCAUCAAAUUCAUCUUCUCAUGUAACUGUUCCAGUAGGGCAUUUGUUUUAUAGAAAGCACACAACAGAGCUUCUGAAUACAUUGCCCUGCAAGGUCGAAUGCCUGUUCCCACGAUUGUAAUCUGUAACAGCUGCCGGCUCCCUGGAAUUGGUUACAGUUUCACAGUCUCCCUCUAGGGGGAAAACUUCUAUUUGUUCUUGCAACAAAGUUUUCCUUUUUAAGAUAUUUUGUCAAUAUUUGUUCCUUUAAAAUGUGAAGGGAAACAGUGGAAUCACUAUGUUUCUCUUCUUUUAGCUAUCUGUCAAAAACCUUUGUCUCUGGUCAAUGAGCUUCAAACGUCAGUCCUGACACCCCGCUCCAGGAUCAGGACGGUGGAAAGUUACUUUACUUUAAACUCACUUUAAACAGUCCGAAAAAGAUCCCCCUUCUUCUCCUGCUGUCGAAGGGGGGUUCUACAAUUUUAAAUGGUGAAAUCCAAUCCUUUAAAGGUGAUUUUCUGAGCUCUAGUUUACGUUGUCUUUGCUUUAUUCUGUCUACAAAAGAACGGAAGGCUGACUUCCUGUUUAGACCUUCCCGUUCAGUACCAAAUUGAAAUAAAUUUUUAAAUCCAAUUCCUUUCUGCUUGCAAGUCCUUAUUUAAGGUCCAGUUGUUCAAAGUUUAAGUACUCACGGGUGCUUAUUUUAGAGUCCAAAUUGUCCCAGGAAAAAGGCAGCGCUCUCCGGCAACGGCUAUGCGGCUUCGCUCCACGGAAAUAGCAGUUGACUCACAGCACCGCGCCACUUCCCCCUCUUCACUUCGGAGCCCGUUAGUGGGUUCCUUUGCGAGUUGGGGGGGCGCUAAAGGUGCCCGCCGAGUCCCAUGGUCACAGGCUUCAUCCGCCUGUGAUUUUUAAAAGGGUCCCCGCUUCGCCGUAGCGGAGAAGACCCGUUUCACGCGGAGCUAGUCCCUCCAGUUCAGAGGGAGUCUGCCAUUGCCGAUGGCGCCACCCCGGAAGUCCAAGUGUGAAGUUGUCUUGGGCUACUCAAGAGCACACAUGGAAUUGCUGUCUUAUCUCUUGAAGGAUUUAAGGCAUGGUGGGGAACUUCAGGUCCUGGAACCAAAUAUGACCUUUCAGAAACAUCGCCUAGACCACCCCACCUCUGCUCUUCUCCCCACCCUCUUUGAGAAUCUGGAGAUAAAAAUUCUUCAGGAAAUAGUGGCUUUAGCUCUGUGAGAGAUUCCCUGGUAUACAAUCGCAUGCAGCCUGAACAGGAAUUCUUCAAGAUGGCAGGUCCCAGGAGGUUGUGCCUCAACAUCUCAAGAGGCUUUCUAGAGAAUUCCCACAUAGUGCUCUGGGAACUUUCCCCCUUCUAACGUUUGUUCCCACCUGAUCAGUGAUCCAAAACCUGCCUUGCCUGUGUGUAAGGUCUCAGGUUUGAUGCCCGCUGUUGAAAGGAUCUCAGGUUGUAGAUCUCAGCCAUGGGAGGGAGGCAGCCCGUCCAUUUGUCCUCCAGCACAAAGCAACUUCCCCUCUUAUAAUAAUGAUCCAUACUUAAAGGUAAAGUGACCCCUGACCAUUAGGUCCAGUUGUGGCCGACUCUGGGGUUGCGGCGCUCAUCUCGCUUUAUUGGCCGAGGGAGCCGGCGUACAGCUUCCGGGUCAUGUGGCCAGCAGGACUAAGCUGCUUCUGGCGAACCAGAGCAGCGCACGGAAACGCCGUUUCCCUUCCCGCUGGAGUGGUACCUAUUCAUCUACUUGCAUGUUGACGUGCUUUUGAACUGCUAGGUUAGCAGGAGCAGGGACCGAACAACGGGAGCUCACCCUGUCGCGGGGAUUCGAACCACCAAUUGGCAAGUCCUAGGCUCAGAGGUUUAACCCACAGUGCCACCCACGUCCCAUACUUAGGGAUCCAUACUUAGGGGCCAUCAACUCACCAACUCUUCUCUUCCUCUUGUUUUAGGAAGACCAACUAAAGGAAUAUAUGCAGAAUGCCAUAGCCAGCAAUUGCGUCCCAGGGAUGAAUGGUAAGAUGAUAAUAAUAAUAAUUUAUAAUAAUGUAUUUAUUUAUACCCCGCCCAUCUGGCUGGGUUUCCAGCAACUCUGGGCGACUUCCAACAAAAUAUUAAAAUACAACAGUCCUUCAGAUAUUAAAAGCUUCCCAAAACAGGGCUGCCUUCAGAUGUGAUGUUUGCUUAGGGUGGUUGCCAUAUUUCAAACAGUGAAAAUCUGGACAGAAAAGUUGUAGAUCUUUUUUUUUUUAGUUUUGCACAAAGUUGUUGAGCUGUGUUGGCAAAUUUCCUGUUUUUGAGAGAAAUCACCAAAAACUACACUGCUGACAUGGGUUGCCAUACGUACGGAUUUCCCCAGACAUUUUUCGAUUCCCACCCAGACGUUGCUUCUGACUGCAGUAUUCUGGGUAUGUCCGGAAGGGCUCAUUCCUACGUACGUUUUGCUCCAUGCUUUCUAGGCCCAGGUCCAAGUUUCCCCCAGUCUGUGUCUGAGUGCUCCUCGCCCCUCCAAUCUCCCUAGAAAAACCUGCUCUUUAACUCUGAAUCAGAACAAAUGGCAACUUGGGUUUUCCGCCUGAAGGUGGUGCAUAGGCAGGAGAGGGGUUUUGGCAGUGCAAUGACUUCAGCCUUCAGAAGUAAGACAGCUAUGGUUGACAGCUGUCAACUUACAGAUUUGAAAAUAAGGGACCAGCAGCCUUGAAAAUAAGGGAUCAGCAGCCAAAAUAAGGGAUUUUCCAAGCACAGGUAUGUUCAACUUCUGAGCCCCUACAAGCGAAAGGCAGAAAGCCCAGCCAGCAGCCAAACGAAGCCUCAAGCGGUGGUUCCCACAGCGCAGCAACCCGGCAAAGGGGAUGCAACAAGGGAAACCACCGUCACCUCUCCGCUGGGAAGCGCUGAGCAAAGGCAAGUCCCCAGGCAACACGGCCGAUUUGAUUAGCAUAAGGCAUGCAAGCUCCACCCCCCCAGUUGUUCUUAGACUCCUUAUUGGGUGAGCAAUGCAGCCAAGCAACACAGUUGGAGCCUCCCUCCUCCCUGGCCGGCAGGGAGGGAGGGAGAAGAGCUGCUUCCUUCGAAACCUGGGAAAUUUAAGGGACAUCAUCAAUAAGGGACAUCAGCGGGACACAGCGCUGGGAUAAGGGACUUUCCCGCCAGAUAAGGGACGGUUGACAGCUAUGAGUAAGAUUUCCUGCCACUAUCUCUAAAGCCAACGCGACUUUCUUCUUUACACUUUCCAGAUGCCCUGGAAAAGAACCAGAUGAAAAUGCCCAACCUGAUGGGGGCUGACUAUAAUCAUCCUGAAUUCAAGAUGGUGGAGGUCAGUGUUUGGGCAAUGCGCUUGCCAGCCUUGCGUUGGCUUUUCGUUCCUGCAUGGUUGUCUGAUGAACAAGCAGGCUGGUUUUAGCUUGAGCUAUGAGAUCCCUGCAUUGCAGUGGGUUGGACUAGAUGACCCCCAGGGUCGCUUCCAACUCGACAGUCCUACGAUUCCAUGACCCCUGUACUCCAACCACAGAGAAACAGCCUGAACUUUGUGUGCUGUGUUUCGUUGGUGUCAUGGUGGUGGCACUUGUGCCCCCUUUCUGAUAAAAAUACUCUGCAAAGGUGAGGGGGAAAAAAUAGGGGGUCAACGUGUUGGGAUACUUCCGGGGAGACGGGGGCAUUUGGCAGGCCCCCAGCUGGCUCCAGCCACCGGCCGGCAGCCGGGCGGUCUCCAGUUCCCAGUACAGCAUCAAUCAGCGACACGAGCCUCAGAUACGUUUAGAGACUCGGCACGCUCUUAUCAGCAGAGUGAAUAAAUCCUCACAACAGAAGUGGUGGACAGAGACAUGUGUGCACAUUAUUUACAGCAAUUUAUUCAGCAUAGUUCAGGAACAAAGGAAAAACAUGUCUGCUUCCCUUCGUCUCCAGCAAACAGCAAUAGCAAAAGCAAUAUACAACGGAUGUUCCCAGCAGACUUGUGCUGGAAGUAAACAGGCAUGUGACACACAACAGUCAUGCCUGUUCCUCUUAAGGUGGAACGGAACUAUAUCCUAACACAAGGAGGGUCAGUUGGCGAGAGAGUGAGAAAUGUCCCUAUUUCCAUUUGAGGAAUGUUGGAGGGUAUGAUAUUAGCUGUGCCCCCCAAACAGAUUCAGGACAAGAUCUGAGUUGGUCCAGGGUGGGUUGGCCUGAUUUUUUGGGUGAGGGUCAGAUUGAGGCCAUGGGGCAGAUUGGGUUGUGGUUGAAAGGACACACAGAGCCCUUGUUUUUUUAAAAAAAUGUGGCAAUCCUAAUGGCUUUUCCCCGCCACCUUUGCAGGGUGUCGUGAUCAUUGAAGUGGACCACAGCAACGUUGAGGACGAUUCCAUGGUGCACUUGGAGAAGUUUAAAAACAUGUCUGUUUAA